CUUAGGUAGAGCACUAGACUGAGGGGCGAGAGCGAAGGAACGGUUCACGCUAGGGGAUAGAUUUGCUUCAGAGGAGAAAGUAAGCAACAUGUGAUGUCAGGAUCUUCCUACCAGUGACCAAAAACUUCAAGGCUACCUCAUCCACAUCUGUGACUUGUGAGUGACAAUUUACCCCACACCCUUGGGUCUCAAUCAGAGCUGCGAGCUAUGGGGAAGAAGACCCAGCAGUGCCAGGGUGAGGAGGAGUACGUGGUGGAGAAAGUGCUGGACCGGAGAGUGGUAAAGGGCCGAGUGGAGUACUUCCUCAAGUGGAAAGGUUUCUCUGAGAAACACAACACGUGGGAGCCGGAGAAGAACCUGGACUGCCCAGAGCUCAUUGCGGAGUUCAUGAAGAACUUCAAGAAAGGCGGAAGGUCCCAGGACAGCAGCAGCACCAAGAGGAAGACCUCAACUGAGGAAGAGGUGGGGAGAAGGAAACUGAAGAAGAAGAAAGAGGACGAUGCCCUGAUUGCUUGUGGUUUUGAGAGGGGGAUGGAGCCAGAGAGGAUUAUUGGAGCCACGGACUCCUGUGGAGACCUCAUGUUCCUCAUGAAGUGGAAGGACUCAGACGAGGCCGAUCUUGUGCUGGCAAAGGAUGCCAACAAGAAGUGCCCGCAGAUCGUCAUUGCGUUUUAUGAGGAAAGGCUCACCUGGCACGAGGAUGUGGACAUAAAGGAGAAGGACAGUGUAGGCAUGUGA